UUCAGUACAUUAAACAUAUUACAUAAGCUUAUAGCUUAUAUCAGCUUCACGUACCCAGAGGAAGUCGGCGGCGGUUUCCUUUACCGACUCCGGCGACGGCGGAAAACCAUCUCCGACGGCAAUAAUGGGUAAGAAAUUAUCGAGGAAGAAUGGAGUUGGUAAAGCACCUGGUUCAAUUACAUUAAGAGAAGAAUCAGGUGUGAAGAAGAAACAAACUCAUGUUAAUGCGAAAUCGAUGCUGAAAUUGGAGCAUAUAAAGGAUAUUGCUACCUGGGCUAGUGGAGAAGGUUCCAUACCUUCACUUGGUGCGUUUUUUGGGCAGAGAUUAGCUGUAUCAGCUGAGUCUUUGGGUGUUCCACCUGACCCUUCAUUAUUUACUUGUCAAAGGUGUGAAUCUAUCCUUCAGGCUGGCUACAAUUGUACAGCACGGAUUGAGAAGAACAAAAGAAAGGCACGAAAGAAAUACAAGACAUCCGGUAUUUCCCCGAAGAAUUCUGUUGUAUAUGAGUGUCAUUUCUGCUCACAUCGGAAUCUAAAGAGAGGAACCCCAAGAGGCUAUAUGAAAAGCCUAUAUCCUGCUAAACCAAAAACUUUAACAGUUGACCCUGCUAAAUCAGCAACCCCAAAGGCAAAAGUUGAUCCUACUGAAUCAGCAAUGCAAAGAUCUGAACAUUUGGGCAUGUUAGUGGCUAGUAUCGAUAAGGCAAAAUUUGAUCCUACUGAAUCAGCAAUGCAUAAGUCUGAACAUUUGGAUAUGUCAAUGGCUAGUACUGAUAAGGCAAGAGUUGAUCCUACUGAAUCAGCAAUGCAAAAGUCUGAUCAUUUGGAUACGUCAGUGGCUAGUAUUGAUAAGACAAGAAUUGACGCUACUGAAUCAGCAACCCAAAAGUCUGAACAGUUCGACGCUUUAGGGGGAAGUACCACAGAUGUAAUAGUUUCAUCUGAACUAGUUGGAGAUGGUCCUAUGGCUGGUCCUGCAACUCCAUUGUCAACAGUUACGGUUACUUCUCUGUUGGAUUCAAAGAAGAGGAAAAGAAAUAGAACAGGGUCCAAGAAGAAAGCUGAACCUCAGGAUGGUUCAUCCAUGACAGAUGCUGAGAAGACUGUCUCAACAUCCAGUAAGAGAAAGAAGAAGUCUUGGACUAGUUUGAAGGAAAUUGCUGAAAGUCAGAGUAGCAAUAGUAGGAAGUUCUCCAAUAUAUCUGUUCCAUUUAUUCUUUGAUUGUGAGAAUUGUAUUUUGCCCAUAGAGCACCCCCUUUUUGGGGGUUUUCAAGCCCGGUGUCCGGAGCUCAUAUUGGCGCGCUUUGACUAAAUUUGAAUCGCACACUGCAGGGCCCAUUGGGAGUGGCACUCCCUAACUUUUCUUCUCUCGUAAGUUGUAACAGUAGUUACUGUCAAAUACUAUAUGAGUAUUUAGUGUACUUUGACAAUUGUUUAGUUUCUUUUUUGAUUUACAAUUUUUUUAAGGGAAGUUCUUGGUUGUUUAACUUAAUGUUUGUCUUACCUAAUAGAAGAUAAACAAAAUAUAUGAAUUACUGUGUGAAUUAAUCCGAAUAUAUGUGGUUUAAAAUAUGGUCUUAGUCGUAGAUAAUGAGGAAUUUCAUUAUAUUUCUCAUAUAUAGAAGACUCCAACAGGAAGCUCCUCUUCGUCGUCAUGUCUGCUUCCGCAGAGGGGUAAGUUUGUCUUUUCAUGCGCUGCUUUUGUGUGUCUUCUUCAACUCUCCGCAGUUGGCCUAACUAUACAGGAACACGUCCUAACUACUACACCGCCACACAAUAACUACAAGUAGAUCAGUAUACACAAAGCUUAUCAGAUUUUCUGGGUGGUGCUCCUUUUUGCUUCGCUCAAUUCGACUAAUUUUUCAGCCACUCGGUGCUCUGAGAAGCUGUAUAACUAUUAUACCAUUGAAAAGAAGGGAAAUCCAUUGCUAAAGCAUACCAGGAAUGUGAAAUGAACUUCUUCUGCUCUUUAUUUGAGGUUUGAAGGGAUACUGAUUUCAAUUAAUUUGCAAUAGCCUCCGGCAUCAUCCUCUUCAUCUAGACUACCUGCUCUAAUGCCUCCCCGCCACUCCUCCAACUCGCAAAAACAGAGGUCUUCUAAAGGGAUGAUACUUAAAAUUUCGCAACACAGAGGUGUUAAGAGGGCUUAGUGUUGUGGGCUUUGAACUCGAAGUUAUUGGUUAUACCAUUGCUUUGGCAUAUUGUCUUCACAAAGGGCUCCCGUUUUCAGCUUUGGCGAGUACCUUUUUCUUUUGAUCCAAGCUAUAAUUUUGGUUGCAAUUAUCUACUAUUUCCUUGAACCUUAGGGAAUCAAGACAUGGCAUUGACCCCGUUACAUUAAUUUUAUGUAUAUACUAUAAUCAUUCAUUAGCUAUUACUGUUGGGCCCGUGCUAGAUUGGGAGAUGGAGGAGAUAGGCGAGUGAGGGAGUAGAGAGAGGUGAAUUGUAAAUAUAUAUCAAUCGAAUUGUAGAUGUAUAUCUGUCAAAUAAUUGUAUUUAUGUAAAUGGUAAUACAUAUGUAUUUGUAUA